AUAAUUUCUUCUUUAUUUACCUGUUGGCAUUACUACAAAAAUAAUAUGCUCGGUACUGCAACUUGUGCAUAAUCGAUUUGUUUGUGAUAAUUGCGAGUUGUAUUUACAUUGAUAACAUUGAGGACGUGAAAAUAAGUAGUUGUUAAAAAAAGUAGAAGAAAAUUCGUUUUUACUGUUAAGUCAGUAUUCCGUUAAAAGUCAACCGAAAAUGACCCAACUUGCUGAUGUAAUAAAGGAGUACGAGAAGGACCCUAAGCUCAAGAAGGAAGACAUCGAUGGACUGAGGUCAUGGGCGGAAAAACAACCUCAUUUGCCUGAGAUUAGCGAACUCCAAUACAUCCUCUUUCUCCAAAGUUGUUACUACAGUAAUGAACAGGCAAAGUCAGCGAUUGAAAACUACUUUACUGUGAGAACCUUGUGCAAGGAUAUGUUUAGCGAUGAAAAUCCGAAAGACCCAGGCAUUCAAAUGGCCUUAGACGUAGGAUUGGUAGCAUUCCUGCCGAAGCUUGCGCCAAGUGGAUAUAAGGUUAUAUUCAUGAAACUAUUGGACACCAAUCCCGACAGAUACAUAUACAUCGAUCAAUGUAAGAUGUUCGACAUGAUAGUAAACCUCGCCAUGAACUUGCAGGGUACCAACGAAGGAUUGCACAUUGUCUUCGAUUUUGAAGGCUCCAGUUUUGCUCACUUGUUAAAAAUCAAUCCUAGCAUUUCUAAGAAACAUUUGUUCUAUGUCCAGGAAGCCUUACCUGUUAGACUCAAAGACAUUCAUAUCAUCAACGCACCUUCAUGGAUAGAUAAAGCGUUAGCUAUCUUCAAGCCAUUCAUCAAAAAAGAACUUUUUGAUAUGAUCAAUAUACACUCAUCUAUGGAAAGUUUCUACAAAAUUGUGCCACAAGAGAUGCUACCAAAAGAUUUUGGAGGCUCUGCCGGUAGUUGCAAUGAAUUAAGAGAAAAAAAUAGAACAUGUCUCGAAAACAACAUGGAGUUCUUCAAGGAACAUGCCAAACAAAUAACGGACGAGUCGAAAAGAAUUGAGAAAUCAACAGAUUUCAACAAAAUCUUUGGUUUGGAAGGAACUUUCAAGAAAUUAGAAGUCGAUUGAACAGUUUUAAGUUAUUGUUCGGGGUGACCAAAAUGUAAUAGUCAGGAGAAGCGGUUAUGAUUUGUGUAGUUUAUUCCUUAUAAGGCAUUAAUCUUCUUUGGGGACAAAGGAGAAGAUAAGUACCUCCCUACCUAUUGUUGAUUAGAGUAAGAAAAAAACUUACUGCAUUUUUGUUCCUCCUUUGUGAUUUGAAUAAUAAACAAUAAACCAAAA